GCGCCGUUGGCGCGAGAUAGGAAAGCGCCGCCAGCGCCGCCGCUCCGGACCCGCGCCCGGCCCUCAGCGCGGCCCGGCCCGGCCCGACAUGGCUCGCCGUGCCCGCGGUGAGGACCAGGAUGAGCCGCAUUACCAGGAUACCGAUUUGGAUGUGCCGGAGCAGCGGGAUGGCAGGUGCAAGGUCAAGUGGACACCAGAAGAGGAUGAGCAGCUGAAGAUGUUAGUGAGCCAUUAUGGACAGAAUGACUGGAAGUUCCUGGCCAGCCACUUUCCUAACCGCAGUGACCAGCAGUGUCAGUACCGGUGGCUGAGAGUGCUGAACCCAGACCUGGUUAAGGGCCCGUGGACCAAAGAGGAGGAUCAGAAGGUCAUUGAACUGGUUAAAAAAUAUGGCACCAAGCAGUGGACCCUGAUAGCCAAGCACCUGAAAGGGCGGUUAGGGAAGCAGUGCCGGGAACGCUGGCACAACCACCUGAACCCUGAGGUGAAGAAGUCCUCGUGGACAGAGGAGGAGGAUCGCAUCAUAUUUGAGGCCCACAAGGUCCUGGGGAACCGCUGGGCAGAGAUUGCCAAGCUGCUGCCUGGGAGGACUGACAAUGCUGUGAAGAAUCACUGGAACUCCACCAUCAAGAGGAAAGUGGACACAGGAGGUUUCCUCAAUGAAACCAAGGAGUCCAAGUCUCUGUACUUGCUCGUGGAGGUGGAUAACAAGGAGAGGCAAAGUCAGACGACAGCUGAGAGCCAGAACGUCCUGCCGAACUGGCCAGUGGAUGUCUCUGAAAUAAAGGAAGAAGAUGUCAGUGAUGAGGAAGUGACAGGUGUGCAGGAGCUGCCCUUGGAGCUGCCAGCUGCAGAAGUGGCAGAGCAGAAUGUGGAGGGGACCCCAGAUGAUGCAGUGCCCGAGGAUGGCACUUCAUUGGUCGAAUCACCAUACAAAUGGGUUGUUGAAGCUGCCAACUAUUUGUACCCAGCUUGUGCCCCAGCCCUCAGUGAAGCUCUGGACAUGAUUGAAUCUGACCCAGAUGGGUGGUGUGACCUGAGCCAGUUUGACCUGCCCGAGGAGCCCUUGGCUGGCAGCAGCAGUGGCAGCGCCAGUCCGGCCAGACCAGCGCCCGGUGAGGCGGCCCCGGCGCUGCCCAGUGUCACCGAGUACCGCCUGGAUGGCCACACCAUCUCUGACCUGAGCAGGGGCAGCAAGGGAGAGCUCAUCCCCAUCUCCCCCCACGCCGAGGGCAGCUUUGGCACCCCGCCCUCAGUGCUGAAGAGGCAGAAGAAGAGGAAGAUCUCCCUCUCGCCUGUCACAGAGAAUGUCACCAGCACCAGCAUGUCCUUCCUCGACUCCUGCAACAGCAUGACGCCCAAGGGCACCCCUGUAAAGACACUGCCCUUCUCUCCAUCUCAGUUCUUGAACUUCUGGAGCAAACAGGAUACACUAGAACUGGAGAACCCUUCCCUGACCUCCACGCCUGUGUGCAGCCAGAAGGUGAUUGUCACCACCCCACUGCACAGGGACAAGACCCCUCUGCUCCAGAAGAACUUAGCGUUUGUCACACCAGAUCAGACAUAUGUGGUGGACAAUACUCCUCACACUCCCACGCCUUUCAAAAAUGCCCUGGAGAAAUAUGGACCAAUUAGACCUCUGCCCCAGACUCCUCACCUGGAAGAAGACUUGAAGGAGGUGCUCCGAAGUGAAGCUGGCAUUGAACUCAUCAUCGAGGAUGAUGUGAAGCCUGAGAAACAGAAGAGGAAACAAGGGCUGCGCAGAAGCCCCAUCAAGAAGGUCCGGAAGUCUCUGGCCCUGGAUAUUGUGGAUGAAGACAUGACACAAAACCUGCCUGCCCUGCCCAAGACUGUGUGUUUCAAAAGAGCCCAGAUGACCAGGGCUUGGAAAGCAGUGGCCUGUGGUGGAACUCGAGACCAACUCUUCAUGCAGGAGAAAGCUCGACAGUUUUUGGGCACAUUGAAACAGAGUCACACAUCAAGGACCUUAAUCUUAUCAUGAAGGAUUGUUCUGCUUUCUAAUCUUAUUUUUUAAACCUUUUUAAUAAGUGGAGGGGGAACCACAGGAAAAAAUAUCUUCUGCCAUGCCUUAGUAUAUGGGAGUGGAUUUUUUUUUUCCCUUCAGUUCCCAGGUAGAUCUACAUUGUAAUAAAUUGGGCUAACUGCUGGCUAGUGUGUGGAAUGCAAGCUUUGGGAUCAUUAUGGAAAGGCAAACAAGGAGGGCUUGGAGAGCUGACAGCAAGACCUCUCUCUGUAAGACGUGAGUUCUGGAAAAGUGGAAGCAGCAGCCAUGUUGCACCUUGGAGCAGCAGGUGCUGGAGACCAGCCUCACAGCAUCCCUGGAUUCCUGCUGCUGCUCUGGUACCUCAGCAAUGGCUUUGUGAAGGUUGCUGCAUGCCUUGAGUGUCCCUCCUGGCUUUCCCCAGGGGAUGGAGUGUCUCCCUGGGCUGGAGGAGGAGGGAGGGUGUGGUGCUGUGGGGUAACCUGUGCCUGGAGCCCCUUGCUCCCCGUGGUGCUGCUUUGUCCUGCCAUGGCUCCAGCAGGGGCCUCUCCCCACGACUGUGCUCCCUCUUCCAAUAAAUGAUGGU